AUGUCAGUUUCUUCAACAAUUGAUAGCUCAGAAGCUGUUGAAUAUAUUAAUCGGCAAUAUAAAGAUUUGACUAGAAAACUGGCAAAUAAACCAAAAGUUUUGCCUGUAAGCGUACCAAAUAUAAAGUUUGAAGAAAGUGAAGGAAUUCAUGUUGUAAAUGUGAUUUAUAAUAUUCAUCAUCAUUCGCCUAAAACCAAUUCAAUUGAAAGUCUAAGAAGUUCAAUCAGUUCAUCUAAGUUUGAAGCAUCCGAAUAUAAUGAAAAAUGUAUGUCACGUAGAAAUUACUGGAUUUUAUCAAUAACAAUUGCAAUCGUUUUAAUUGGCGUCGCCGUUUCUGUGAGUGUUUAUUAUGCAUUCCGAUUUGAUAAGAAUUUUGCCACCGGUAAUGACUUCUUAAAUAUAUAA